CUGGAGCCCCGCCUCCUUUCCUUUUUUAAACAAAAGAGCCAAGUGCGAGGGGCGGAGCAUGGCGAGUGGGAAGCCGUCUAUUAAAACCCUUGGCGCUGGCGGGAGCCGGGCAGUCACCGGAGGCAGCGCACCUGGGACGGGGCAAGGAGAGGAGGGGAAGUCCCGGAGGCGCCUCUUUCCGAUGCGAGCAGAGGGAGCGCAGCGAGGGCCGGGCUGGGGGCGCAGGGGUCCGCGAUGCUGGAGAAUGGCUCCUUAAGGAACUGCUGCGGGCUGGGCGGCCGAGGGGGCUUCGGCUUCUCCCAGCGAGGGGAGGCCGAGGCGGCGGCGGAUGCAGAAGCGGAGGCGGCCGGAGGAGAAGCAGCAGCAGGGGCGGCUGCUGGGGCAGCAGACCCCCGGCCGGGCUGGGUAGUCGCGGCGCUGUCCAGCGUGCUGAUCUUCACCACGGUGGUGGAUAUCGCGGGCAGCCUGCUGGUCAUUAUCUCGGUGUUCAAGAACCGCAAGCUCAGGAAUUCAGGUAAUGCAUUUGUGGUGAGCCUGGCCCUGGCCGACUUAGUGGUGGCCUUGUACCCUUUCCCUUUAGUGCUCUCAGCCAUCUUCCACAAUGGCUGGUCCUUGGGGGAUAUGCACUGUAAAGCAAGCGGCUUUGUGAUGGGACUGAGUGUCAUUGGCUCCAUCUUCAACAUCACCGCCAUCGCAAUCAACAGGUACUGCUACAUAUGCCACAGUUUUGCGUACGACAAAGUGUACAGUUGGUGGAACACCAUGAUGUACGUCUGCUUGAUUUGGGUGCUGACGGUUAUCGCGACGGUGCCCAAUUUUUUCGUUGGCUCUCUCAAGUACGACCCGCGCAUCUAUUCGUGCACCUUCACCCAGACGGCCAGCUCCUAUUAUACCAUUGCCGUGGUCGUCAUCCACUUCGUCUUGCCCAUCACCAUCGUGAGCUUCUGCUACCUUCGAAUCUGGAUCCUGGUGAUCCAAGUGCGGAGGAGGGUAAAGUCAGAAGUCAAGCUGAGGCUGAAGCCGAGUGACUUCAGGAACUUUGUCACCAUGUUUGUUGUGUUUGUGAUCUUUGCCUUUUGCUGGGCGCCGCUGAACUUCAUUGGGCUGGCUGUGGCCAUCAACCCUUCCGAAAUAGCGCCCAGGGUCCCCGAGUGGUUGUUUGUGGUGAGUUACUUCAUGGCCUACUUCAACAGUUGCCUUAACGCAAUAAUCUACGGACUUCUGAACCAAAACUUCCGGAAGGAAUACAAACGGAUCUUAAUGUCCUUGUGGGUGCCGAGGCUGCUUUUUCAGGACACAUCCAAAGCAGGGACCGAAGUUCAGAAGAGCAAGCCGUCUCCUGCUUUAAAUAACAAUGACCAGUUCAAAACCGAGACCUUGUAGGUAGGGGGACAGUGGAUGCGAAAGGGCGCCAUUUUGUGAAUUCCAACAAUGCUUUUCUUAAAGUUGUACAUCUUGUUCCUGCUUACCUUGUCCUGUGUUCUCCCCCACCGAAUGAGCGUGCUGUGGCGACUGGAAUCUUGUCUUCUUGGCAAUGCACCUUCUGUUUACAUGUUUCUAUAUUUGAUAGCUAGGUAUCAAUAUGAAGUUGGCUUUGGAAUACAGAAGAAGAAGGUAAACAAACCAACAGGCUGAAGCCAGCCAUGGACUUGGAUGUAGAAUCAGCAGGUCUACCAGGGUCCUUCAACGUUUGUACAAAAUAUGGUUCUCAGGAAGCAGAAUGCUUGCACUGUCUUGUCAGGAUGUGUUGUGGAUGGUGACUUCUAACAAUUUCCCCUUCUCUUAGGGAAAAGAAAAUUACUGACUGCCUCUUCA